AUGGCCACGCUGAGCCUUUGUAGACUCGGCUGUCUCGGGCUCCUGGAGCGUUUGAGUGUUGCCCGGGGAGCGACCAGCUUCUCAACACGGGCCAUCUGCCUCGAGGCUUCUCGGCUUCACCACCUCGGCAUGGCCCUUUCUGUCGGGUUGAACUUCACCGGUCGCGUCAAGACAUGCAAACCCUUCACUGGCCGCACCAAGUUCUGCGCCUCUGGGCGAAUCACCGGCAACGUUGGCUGCCACAGCCCCACACCGGUCAAGAGUUGUUUCGACUUUGCACUUUCACCGGUCGCCUCGAAGAGAGAAGUGUUGCGGCAGGGCCCGUCGCGCGGGCUCGCUGGUCGUCUGCGUCCAUAUCUCGAGCCUAUGAGCCCUGGCAGCCUUGGCCAAAGCCAGAGCCAAAGCCAGAGCCAGAGCCAGAGCCAGAGCCAGAGCCAGAGCCAGAGCCAGAGCCAGAGCCAGAGCCAGAGCCAGAGCCAGAGCCAGAGCCAGAGCCAGAGCCAGAGCCAGGGCCAGGGCCAGAGCAAGAGCAAGAGCAAGAGCCAUUGA